AUGCCGCCGUUGCUGCAACGUCCCAUCUUCCUGCGAUCCUUGCUCUCGUCAUCGUCAUUGCCCGUCACGCGCGUUGUGCGUCCGUCUUUACGUCCAUUUGCUCCCCUCGCCGCGCCUUCUCGCACGGCCUUGUCCAGCUUCGCAACCUCUAGCGCCAACAGUCACCGUGGGAGUGACCCCUGGAACAAGAUGGCUCCCGGCGACGUCAGCAAGUAUCUCCAGCAGACGCACGACCGCGUCUUUGAGAGCAACCGUGCGUGGGCUGCCCAGAAGCGCAGCGAGGACCCUGCGUUCUUCGAAAAGCUCGCCGCCGGCCAGAACCCCGAGUACCUGUGGAUCGGCUGCAGCGACUCGCGCAUCCCGGCCGAGCAGAUCACGGGCCUGGGCCCCGGCGAGGCCUUUGUGCACCGCAACAUUGCCAACCUGGUCUGCAACAUCGACGUCAACGUUAUGUCCGUUGUCAACUACGCCGUCGACCACCUGCACGUCAAGCACAUUGUCGUCUGCGGCCACUACGGCUGCGGUGGCAUCAAGGCGGCCAUGACGGCCAAGGACCUGGGCCUCCUGAAUCCCUGGCUGCGCAACAUCCGCGACGUCUACCGCCUGCACGAGGCCGAGCUCGACGCCAUCGCCGGCGAGACCGCGCGCUACAACCGCCUGGUCGAGCUCAACGUCCUCGAGCAGUGCCGCAACAUCAUCAAGACGGCCGCCGUGCAAAAGAUGUACGCCAAGAACGGCUUCCCCAUUGUCCACGGCUGGGUCUUUGAUUUCCACGACGGCCUGCUCAAGGACCUCAACGUCGACUUUAAGCAGAUCCUGGCCGAUAUCCAGAAGAUUUACAACCUGACGGAAGAGUAA